CGUGGUAAGACAGAAGCUAAUACACUUAACCUUAUUUUAUAUUUUCUACAAAUAAAAAAAAGUGUAUGAAAAUAUAAAAUUCGUCAAUUCUUGUUUGUAAAAAGUUUAACCUAUUUUUUUGAGUGACGUGUAAAUUAUUUUCAUUAAAUGGUUGUGUGCUUAUACAUAAAUUAUAAAAUGCUUCAAUAAAAUUUUGUUAUAAAUAUGUUCAUUUAUUUUUCUAUUGUUCCUAAAAAAUAUGUAAUAUUCCUGAAUACUUUCAAACUUUUAAUAUCAACUAGUUAACAUUAAUCAAUAACUAUAAUCUAACAAUAUUAAAAAAUAAGAUGACUUUGGGAGUCUUGACCAAUGGUAUUAACAGCAUUAUAAACAUGGCAAAAAAUGAACAAUAUACAGUUAUUCCUAUACAUAAACGACCUGAUUUGUUAAUGGAUUGCUGUAAACUUAUAAAUUCGGAAUGGCCUUCUAGUGAGGGAAGAAGAUUGAGGACGUUAAGUAUGUCAUGUGAAUCGUUUCCAACAUGUUUAGUACUUUUAAAUGAUUCAAAAGUUAUUGGUCAUUGUAAAGUUUCAUUGUUGCCUAGUCGUGAUAACAGUUGUUUUAUAGAAUCAGUUGUCAUAGAUUAUGGAUGCAGGAGUCAAGGUUUGGGUUCAAUGCUUCUACGUAAAACAGAAGAAUAUGUUAUUAAUAAAGGCAUAAAACGUAUUUAUUUGGCAACAAAAGGACAAGAAAAGUUUUAUUUAAAAAACGGUUAUAACAUUUGUGAACCCAUAAAUGUAUGGGAGUGUAACAAUUGGGUUACUCACACUCAAGACCGGAGUUCUUUUCUGAUCAGUAAAAAAUCCUGCGGUCCACCUCCACCUCCAUUACCAAUAAGUUUAUUCUCCUCAAAAAAAUCAACUGUUGUUACUUCCAAGACCUAUAUGGUUAAAAUAUUGUAAUAAUUAAGCCUCAAAAUAUAAUAUAUUUUUCAAUA